AUGGUCACUAGAAAGCAGAGGUGAAGUCACACACAAUUUAUGCUGAGCCUUCAACCGUGUCUACAGCUUGACCACUGUCAAGCGAUUGUGUGUUUGUAGGAUUUAACACCAUGUCUUUUGUUAGGAACCGUGUGUAGCCAGUGAAAUCAGAUUUUCAAAGCUUCCAAAUAAGACCCUUUGCCCUAAUCUCCAAGGGCGGCAGAAGAAGGCAGCGGGCAGGGUUCGAACCUAGGAUCAUCGAAACAGUCCAGAGCGCAAACUACACGACCACGCAGCCAUUUAGACAAUCUCGGCAGACAAUGAAGCUAGGACUAUCAGUGCUUUUGACCAUUUUCACAGCGACUUACAGGCAUGUCACCGCCAGCUUUAGACCGGAGUUGAUCUUUCAUUUCAUCACACCCGGUGUAGACGAACGUCUUCAGAUACUGGACAUAGCCAUGGAGGCGAAGAUUGACCACCUUUUUGCAAGAGUUAUUUGUCGAUCCCCUGGCAACAAGCUAACUAUACGAAUAGGUCCUAAAGAUGGAACAACAGACCUGAUUGACGACAAGAUGAGUCUCCACAACGACAGCGCUGGCGCAGUGUCGUGUUUGAAUCCUCUCCUGGACAACCCGGUAACCUGCACGGAAACCAACUUCUGCACCCUGCACAGCAACUGCGUGGCUUCUCUCCUGGCGCCGUGCCCGAGGCAAAGUAUCUCGGCGCCCUGGAAGUCGAUGCAGUAUGUGGACGUGACGGUCAGCCAGUCCGGCGGAGAUCUCGUGGUGUCACGCUGCUUUGCGUUCUGCGAGACUCACGCCGAGAUGGAUGAGGAUGAAAGCCAACGUAUCUCCGCCACUGUAGUCGGCCUUGUGGUUGGUGGUAGCAUUGUCGCUGCCUCGCUUCUGGUGCUUUCUUUCAUAGUUUGGAGCUUCAAGAAACAUAGAAAUGUACCACAGAACUAGUCCUAACAAAGCCAUAGAUAUAACAAUACCGGUAUCAAGAUUAACUGAAUUGGCGACAAGUGGAUAAAAAAAAAAGACACUUUGAAGUUAUGGGUUUUCAAAUUCUACAUACAAGAACCAUUACAAAAUUCGUAUGUUUUAGUUUUCAGAUAAGAUAUAAACAAGAAAAUGUAAACAUAACAUAACAUCAGAUAUGUAGGCCUUACGGCUAAAAAAAAUUGGUAUUUGGUUGCCACGGAAACGGUGCCCAGAAGCCGUCAGAGGGUUAUUAAUUUGUAUAUAAA